AUGGAAUCAUCAUCAAAUCAGCUUGAUCGACUUGCGUUUGAUUUAUUUGUCAAAAUUUUGGAGUGUAAUCGGAAAGAUGAUAAUUCCAGUGAUCUUCUAAAUGAUGAGGACAACACCAUGGAUGAUGAUAAUUUAUUAUUUAAUCUUCAUCAAAUUAAAACGAAAAUUCUUUCCCAUAGUCAUAGCGUUCAUCCACUCUUGGAUCAAUUAUUUAAAAAUCUUUUAAUUGAAAUUGAACAAAACACUCCACAUAACAAUUCCGAACAACCAAACAUUUCCGAACAAGAGGAGCAUAUUCUUCACUCGUUGGAUGAAUUGCUGGAAAUAUCAUGGACUCAGCUUCAUACAGGUCAUUGGUCCGAUGUGUGUCCAGAAUGGAGAAGUUUAUUUGCAUUGCUCUGUUUAUUACAAGUUGCUUUCAAUAUUUUCAAGAGAUCCAAACAUGAGAGUAUAUUGAAUGACAGCAAUACGACUGCUCACUUCAUGGAACAACUUUUAAAAAAGUGUGAUGAAGGCUUAAUGAUGGGAGAUGAUAUCUAUCGACCAUAUAUUCAUAAUUUUGCAGAUUCUAUUCAUGAAUAUUUGAUUGAAACACUAGGAAUUCCUUCUUUAACUGAUGAAAAUAGUGAACGUACUGAUGAAGGACAUGAAGAAAUCACUUCCAAAAAAAGGAAAGUUUCUCAAGAUUUAAGAUCUCAAGUCGUUUUCUUAUCUCCUCCUGUUAAACCUAUACCUGUAGUGGAUUUCAAUUCUAUGAGUGUGAUGGAAUUUAAAGCGAAAUAUUUCGACAAGCAAUUGCCUUGUAUCAUUAAGAAUGCUGCAACAGAAUGGGCUGCGUAUAAAAAUUGGAGAAAUAUGGACUAUCUAUUACAAAAAGCAGCCUAUCGAGUGGUUCCUGUGGAAAUUGGUGAAUUUUAUACUUCUGAGGAUUGGUCACAACAAUUAAUGCCAUUCCAUGAAUAUAUGAAAACCUAUGUCUUGCAGGUUGGUGAUGAACAAGAAUCAAUGACGGAAACCACAGGCACUAAUAGAAAUAUUGGCUAUCUUGCUCAACAUCCUCUAUUUGAACAAAUUAACGCAUUACGUAAAGAUAUUCAAGAACCCAUCUAUUGUAUGCUAGGAGAGCAAGGUGAAGUGACCUCUGUCAAUGCAUGGUUUGGUCCAUGCAACACCAUUUCACCGCUCCAUACAGAUCCCUAUGAUAACAUACUGGUACAGGUGUGUGGCCAUAAAUACGUUCGAAUUUAUCAUCCGGACGCCACUCCGAGCUUGUACAAACGAAAGACUGGACUGUUGCAAUCGAAUACAAGUGAAAUUGAAAAUAUGUUCGUGUUGCAUGGACAAGAGAAGGAAAGAGAGCUUUUAAUGGAAAUGCACCCAUUGUUGUCCGAGGCUGAAAAUCACUGUUGGGAAUGCAUACUCAGUGAAGGUGACAUGCUAUUCAUACCUAAACUCUAUUGGCAUUACAUUCAAUCAUUGUCCAUUAGUUUUUCAAUAAGUUACUGGUUUAUGUGA